GUACAUGGGCAGUGAACUGCGAGCACGUGCUAGCGUGACACCUUUAGCGCGCAUCACCGCGCCAACCACGCAGCGCUGAUUGGCGAGCCUUGCGUCACUCGUCACUCUUGCAGCUGCGCCCUUGAUCGCAUCGCGCUGAGCGCAAUUGACUCGCCUCCAUCACGUCGCAACUAUCCUCAGAUAUCGUAUUCAGACACACGCCUAUCGUAUUGACCAUGGCGCCGAAACGACGAGUAUCCGGUCCCGCAGCCAAGUCGCAGCAGUCGACCCUCGCCUUCCACGGAGGUGCCAACAAAGUCACAAAGCAUGGCGCAAGAGCGCAGGACGUGAAGAAAGAUCUUCUUUCGAAGAGCACAUCAAAGGCCAUCAAGCCAGAUGUCGUUGAUCUUGAAACCGUCGAAGAAGUGAAGCCCACCACGGUCGAGGCUGACAUCAUCGAUCAAGUCGAGAAAGAGGUCGCAGUGCAAAAGGCUGAGAGCAGUCCAGAAGAUGAAGCUGCCGGGCGCAUCGCGGAUUCUGCGAUCAAGAAAUACUGGGCGUCGAAGGAGAAGCAGAGGCUAGCGCCCAGGGUACAUCAGCAUGAACUGAGCUUGCAUGAAAAGGUGUUGCGGGAGUUUGACAUGAGUGCACAGUAUGGCCCAUGCACUGGUAUUGCGCGACUGAAGCGCUGGAAGCGUGCGCACCGUUUAGAACUUGAGCCUCCUAUUGAGGUACUUGCUGUUCUCCUUAAGGAGCAAGAGAGCGCCAAGGACAAACUUGCGGUCCAGCGAUCUCAUGUGGACGAGCUACUAAACACCAGAACCGAAAUUGAGGCAUGAGUGCAAAGUCGGAGUCGCUUCAGGACGUAUCAACGGAGUGAUCUACAAGCAAUGUGACAGCAUGAACCUAUGUAUUAUGUAUUGUUUGGAGUUAAGGAGCUACAGUGACGGAUUAGGCAAUAUCUGCAGACUUCGAAACGGUGCAUGCGAGCAUUUACGCCAAGUGAUAGAGGGCUAGCCUCAACAAAUUCAGAGAACAAUGAAUGGAUCGCUCACACCGUCUUUCAUCG